CCAAAGCAACAGAGAACGGAGAAGAAGAAGAGAUGGCCGUUGUUUUACGUGGAGGCUGCUGCAGCGGAGGAUUUCUUCUCCGGCGAGGCUUCUCCGCCGGAGACAGAACAUUCUCUGCCUCGCGGGCGAGAUCCUCCGGACGAGUGUCGGUUGGAGCCGCCGAGGAACGUGCGACGUGGCUCCCCGGGCUCGAUCCUCCUCCGUACCUUGACGGAACGUUGACCGGAGAUUAUGGGUUUGAUCCAUUGGGGCUUGGAGAGGAUCCAGAGAGCUUGAAAUGGUACGUUCAAGCAGAGCUUGUUCAUUCUCGUUUCGCCAUGCUCGGCGUCGCCGGGAUUCUCUUCACCGACCUACUUCGCGUUACAGGGAUUCGAGAUUUACCUGUGUGGUAUGAAGCUGGGGCAACAAAAUUCGAAUUUGCAAGCACAAGAACUCUGUUAACUGUUCAGUUCAUCUUGAUGGGGUUUGCAGAAACCAAAAGAUACAUGGAUUUCAUCAACCCUGGCUCUCAAGCCAAAGAGGGUUCUUUCUUUGGACUCGAACCCGCCCUCGAAGGGCUCGAGCCCGGCUACCCUGGAGGACCUUUGUUGAACCCGCUAGGCCUGGCUAAGGACAUUAAAAACGCCCACGAAUGGAAGCUUAAGGAGAUCAAGAACGGUCGACUAGCCAUGAUUGCGAUGCUAGGGUUCUUCGUUCAAGCUUCUGUUACACAUGUUGGCCCUAUCGAUAACCUCGUUGAUCAUCUUUCGAAUCCGUGGCACAAGACUAUCAUUCAGACCCUUUUUAACUCUUCUUCUUAGGUAUGUUUUCUCUGGAUUGCUAUGAACUCUAUCGUACAUAUAUCCUGUGAAAACAGUCAACUCGUGUCCGUUUCAUUCUUUUGUGAGGAAAAAAAUCCAUACAAUUUGCCAUAGAAAUCUACAAGGGGCCAGAAAGUUUCUAUAUUUUCUCGGCCGGACAA